CUCGGCGGUCUCGAACCGAGUUGUUUCCCCACCCCUCUUCCAGCGGCUUGCCGGCGUUGGCGGGUGUAUCGACGUUGUGCUGCCGGGUGCGGGACCGAGCGAGCGAGCGAGCGAGCCAUGUUGGUGAAAGCUUCCCUCCGGUGCAGAGACAUGCUGAAGGGGGGACCGACCGUGUGAAAUGCUGGCUAGCGGGAAUCAGAGCUAGCUAAAGGGGCCCGAGAAGCGAAAGUGGCUAACACAGGCGAGCGCUAAGCCCAUCACAACAAGCCCGGGCACUUAAAACACACCCGAGCCCUUAAGCCCCGAGGAGGAGCAGCAGCAAGCAGCAAGCAGCAGCAGCAAGCAGCCACACCGGAGGAGGAACUCCCAUUUUUUUUUUUUAAAUACAAAAGUAGCAGUGGGUCACUCAAGGUCAGAGCCAUGGGUGCGUUCCUGGACAAACCCAAGACGGAGAAGCACAACUUGCAUGGUGAGGGCAACGGCCUACGCUAUGGCCUGAGCUCCAUGCAGGGCUGGCGGGUGGAGAUGGAAGACGCUCAUACAGCUGUGUUGGGACUUCCUACUACGGGUAUGAGUGACUGGUCGUUUUUUGCCGUGUACGAUGGUCAUGCUGGCUCGAGGGUUGCCAACUAUUGCUCCAAGCAUCUCCUGGAACACAUUAUGAGUUCCAGCUUAGGGCCCAGGGGGACACAAGGCUCCCAGGCUGGUUCAGACAGUUCCAGCGGUGACGCUCCAGCACCAGUUCCUCCUACAGUGGACGCUGUAAAAGUCGGGAUCCGGACAGGGUUUCUGAGGAUUGACGAGCACAUGCGCAGCUUCUCAGACCUUCGCAACGGCAUGGACCGUAGUGGCUCCACAGCAGUGGGAAUCCUCCUGUCACCUGAGCAUUUUUUCUUCAUUAACUGCGGUGAUUCUCGAGCUGUUCUCUACCGCAAUUCACAGGUGUGCUUCUCCACACUUGACCACAAGCCUUGCAACCCACGUGAGAGAGAGCGCAUCCAGAAUGCUGGCGGCUCCGUGAUGAUUCAGAGGGUUAAUGGGUCGCUGGCUGUCUCGAGAGCUUUGGGGGACUACGAUUACAAGUGUGUGGAUGGGAAGGGCCCCACAGAGCAGCUGGUCAGCCCCGAACCGGAGGUGUAUGAGAUGAUUCGGGCCACAGAACAGGAUCAGUUUGUGGUCCUGGCGUGCGAUGGCAUCUGGGAUGUCAUGACCAACGAAGAGCUGUGCGACUUUGUGAAAUCCAGGCUCGAGGUAUCCGAUGACCUGGAAAGAGUCUGCAAUGAAGUGGUGGAUACCUGCCUGCACAAGGGGAGUCGGGAUAACAUGAGUGUUGUGUUAGUGUGUUUGCCCAACGCUCCCAAAGUGUCAGAGGAAGCUGUGAGGAAAGACGCUGAGCUCAACAAAUAUCUGGAGUCAAGAGUGGAAGAGAUGUUGUCUCGGCCGGCGGAGGAUGGGUUUCCAGACCUGGUAUCAGUGAUGAGGCACUUGUCCACUGACAGCGGCAUGCCCCCUCUUCCACCAGGGGGAGGCCUUGCCAGCAAACGCAGUGUUAUCGAAGCAGUAUACAACCGUCUGAACCCAUACAGGGAGGAAGAUGGGCCCUCCUGUUUCAUUUGAGCGGCGCUGACUUGGAGUGUCACUGGUAGCUGUCCAGCGAAACUGCCUGAUCCAACAAAACAGGACCACUUUUCCACACGCGAUCACAUCCAUUGUCACCUUUUUAAUUUCCUCUGGGAUUUUUUAAUUUAUUGUUUUUUUUCCCCCUCCACACUGAGAUCAAGCGACGCCGAAAUCCUGGUUUUAGAAACACACAACACCCCCGACGUGGAGGACUGCAAAACAGAUUUGGUUCUUUUCAUAGAACAAAAUGUUGAAAAACGAGAACAACUGCAUCAAUCGCCUGAAAAGAGAACGGUGUAUACGGUAUAUACAUCAUAGGAGAGGCAAACAAGCACAGUUUCUCUUGCCCCUCGUCUGCUUGCUUUUUUUGUAGUGGUUGUUUUUGUUGUGGAUUGCCGGAGACACAGGAGCAGCCCUGCUCUGAACGCUUUGGGGCUACAUGGUGCCUUGCUCAGAACCGAGAGAGAGGGAGGACUUCACAACAGCCAGCCAUGACCAAACCUGCCGCUCAUGGACGUUUUCCACAUUCUGAUUGGCAGCGUUUCUCUUUUUUUUGUUGGCAUUAUUUGUUUUGAAGUGUGAACUUUACUUGCACCUGACUGGUAGCCAAUCGACCACACAAGCCUGUGAGUCCCACACACAUAGUUCAGGCAAGUUUGGUUUGUGGACAUUUGAUAGUACUCGACCAGGGCCCAACACUUCACCUGCCCAGGCGAACGGCUUGCUGGAGAAUGCCUCACAGAACUCGGAGGUUUACAACUCUCUAAGUCCUCACUAUCCAAAGACCUCUGGUUUAACAGCCUCAAAUUCAGCGGCCAAGAGGUCCGUCUCCUAAGGGGACCGCUCGAGAGAGAAAUCUGUGAGGCAACUUAUUUCAGUUUUCAUCCUUCCAUGCUGUCCAAGCUAAAACAGGACACAGGUGUGCUGGUGUGCCUGGCUACACAUAGGAAGUACAUAGAAGUACAGUAACAGUAACUCAAAUUUGAUGAUUUUUCUUGCACGUCCCUUCUCACUCUCUCUCCUCUUCGUCACUUAAAGGAUGCUAUCUAACACUUUUUUUUUUUUUUUCACUUUUCCCUCCGUCUCUCUUCUCACUUUUCUGUUUCUUCAUAUUGUCCGAAGAGACUCGGCUGUCACUUGCAUCGGCUGACAAGGUCGGAAUCAUAAGCUUUUGAGCCUGCUGUUGUUUAAGAGAAAGAUGGAAAUUAUAUAUUAAAUUCAUAUAUAUAUACAUAUAGAUAUAUAUUUUUAUUUGUUUGUUUUCGUUUUAAUUCCCAGCCAUGGUAUUCGUUGUGGCCUUGUGUGUGUGUGUGUGUGUGUGUGUGUGUGUGUGUGUGUGUGUGUGUGUGUGUGUGUGUGUGUGUGUGUGUGUGUGUGUGUGUGUGUGUGUGUGUGUGUGUGUGUGUGUGUGUGUGUGUGUGUGUGUGUGUGUGGUAGCUGCUUUCAGACAUGCACUGGACUCCGCAAAUAUCCGAGUGAGACGCUCCGCAUAUUCGGCAAACUUUAACCACCUGGUCUCCCAGUAUAAUGUCCGUAGAAAACCAGUAGAAGUCGAUGCAGGAGUUCCCGCGCUGGAUUCAUUGCGAGCAAGUGGGGCGGGGGUUAAUAACGCUAAUAACACACGACAGAGAAAUGAGAAAACUAAAGUUUGUGGUGAUGAGAGCGGUGCUGUAAACAUGAUCACGUGACCUCUGACCCGGCUGCUCCACCUCUCGGAGGACCCCCUGCUGUGUUGGCAAACUGCGGCUGACCUCCGUAGCCAAUUCUCCAGAUUUGUAUCCGUAGGUCAUGUCUGAAAACAGCUUGUGUGUGUCUGAGUGUGAGAAUGAGACCCGUGUGUGUGUGUGUGUGUGUGUGUGUGUGUGUGUGUGUGUGUGUG